AUGUUUUCUUACAACUCUUUCUUACUGGCUACUGCGAUCCUCUGUCAUUUCUUCUGCGCUUGCCGGUUUACCUCUGCUGUUCAGAUCAAUCUCAACAAGCGAGGUCUGCAUCGUCGGAGUAUCGGAACUCAACUUGGCUCCGUGCUUGAGCAUCGCCCAGUGCGCGUCGAGGCGAGAUCCGACAUUACACCUGGUAUUGUUGCGGGAAACGACGGCCACUCGAGCGGCGAAAACUGGAUCUUGAUCACAUCUUCUCUCAAGAAGCGUGGAGACAACCAUCAAUUUCUGGGACUGUGUAUUUGCGAUCCUUCUUCGGCGGAUCAGAAGCAGAGCACGACCGGCUCUUGCACCUCUAAGUUCCAAGCGAGUGCUGAGAAGACGGCCGACUGUAAAUUCACAGCGAAAACCAUCCUCGACUGCUUUGAAGAGGGCGGCAAGCAAGACAUGUCGGCCGGCGACAAUGUCUGGUGGCAAAUGGCUUUCUGCAAGAGAUGCAAAGAAGCAGGUGGCACCAGUCAUCCCUCUUACGCUUGUCCUUAG